AAAUUGUGUGCAACAAGCGGCGAAUGCAGUCCAACAGCAGCAGCAACAGCAGCAGCAGUUGAAACAACAUCCCAAAUCUAUAGCAUUCGCACCGGUCAAGUGGAAGAACAUCUGCACCAACCAAGCCCCUGCCCCGGAACCGGAAAACAGUGCAAUAGAAAUACAAAUAUUUUAAAAUUCGGAUAUUGGAUAUUGCACCUUAACAUACCGCGAGCUGUUGAAUGUUAUAGAACAACGGGGUCGGCCACAAUAACAACGACAGCGAUGACGGCACCAGGUAGUACUAUGCUCGAGCUGGAUCAUCAGCGCCAAAGGCCGUUGCGCGGUAUUUCAAUAGUCAUUGAAUCUGCUCAACCACCAACACCAGCAACGGCAGCAACGCCAGCAGACACUACCACAGCUGCAACAACAAUGAGCAUCGACAGCAGCAAAAUAGCUGAAAUGUCGCUCAAGUCUCAGGCUGGCAUGAUGUUGGCAUUUGGCGACAGCAAUAGGACCAACAAAACCAAUGCUGACCAUACAACCAAAGAUAAUUUGGAAACUAGUUGCAACACAGAAGCGGCCACAGUAGCAGCAACAGCAACAACAACAACAGUAACCAAAAUUUAUCCACAUUUGCUUGUGCGGAUUGGCCAAUCGGAGGACUACGCAGAAAUUUCCCCAGCCACAUCUACAUGCACAGCAACAGCCACAGCAACAGCCACAGCCACAGCCUUGGCCACAACCAUUAUCAGCUGUAAUAGCAGCGUUCUGUCAGCUGAGAUCAUGGAUCCAGCUGCAACUGCAGCUGCAGCCGCAUCUCCAUCUCCACUCGCGGUUGGAGAAAUUAAAGAGAGCGCUCUCCCCAACGACGUUGUAGUCGUUGCUAGUCAGCCAUCAGCACCAGCACAAGCCGCAACAGCAGCAUCUCUUAAUGCUGUCUCGGCUGCAGCGACCGAGACAGUUGGCCAGUGCUCGCACCAGCACACGGUCAAGAUACAGAUAGCCAACGGUCAGAGCCAGCGUAGGCUUGGCAAGCAGAUCAGUGUGGUUAAGCUGAACGACAGCGAGAUGGUCCUGAAGAAGUACCAGAACCCGCACCAGCACCAGCCAAAGGCCGAGUUAACUAAAGAGGAGCAAGAGGGGCAGCAGCAGCAGCAACAGACACAGAUUUCAGCCAAUCUCACACAAAAAUCUUUACAAUCGUUGCCCAGCUAUCAGCUGUGCUAUUUGGUAUCCAGCGGUCAGUACUCACCCUGCGAAACCCUCGACAGUGGAACGGGCAGUGAUCUGGAGAGUGUCAAAUCGCCGGGCAGUGAGAUCAGCAAUGUUCCCAAGCUGGAGCUGCACCUGAAGACAACGCGGGUGCGAGUGAAUGAAUCGCCCCAGAGCGGGUCCGUCGUGUCCAUGGGCACACAUCAGCGGGCGUACAGCCUGACGGAUAGCGAGGAAUGCGAUGAGAGCAGCAGUUCCUCCCUGAGCUGCGAUUCGCUGCACUCUGGGGAGGCCUUGCCAUCCGUCCUGCUGCCCACCUCCCUGAUGAGAGACAUACGCGGUUUCGAACGGGAACCACCGACGUCCGCGGACACACUGAUGAUACCGACAGCCACAAAAAUUGACGGCCGUCCGCUGCAAUAUGAGUCCGAUCAGUUCUACACGUUCCACAUCAACGAGCUGGACAAUUUCCGCAACUUCGGGCGCGAACCAUCAGCAGACACCACAUCCACCUUCUCCUCCUCAUCCCGGGAGUACAAGUUCAACGGUUUCCCGGGAGACGGAGAGGAUACCUUCGCUGGCUAUAGGGAUGUGAGGGGUCCUUCGCAGUCACAGUCGUCGUCUUCGUCCACCAUACACUCCGCGAAGGGAACGGUGCGCGGCGUCAAGAACCGUGUGCGCGAUGGAGUAGCCACAUUCUUGCAACUGCAGCAGACCAGUGUCAAGAAUUUCAUGGAAAAGGAUGUAGGAAAAGUAGUUCUCUACACAACAAGCAUGGGCAUCAUUCGGGAGACUUAUGCCAAAUGCGCGAACGUCAAACAGAUUCUACGCACUCUGCUGAUCAAGUUCGAGGAGCGCGAUGUCUUCAUGAGCGUCGAGUAUCAACAGGAGAUAAAAGAGCGCAUGCACAACAAGACCAUCCGAGUUCCACAGCUCUUUGUCGAGGGUCAGCACGUUGGAGAUACCGAUACCGUGGAACGUUUAAACGAAAUUGGGGAGCUUCGUCAACUGCUAAGGCCCUACAAGUCCAUCGCGACGGCUUAUACAUGCCAGACCUGCGGAGGAUAUCGCCUGCUGCCCUGCCCCUCCUGUAGUGGAUCCAAGAAGUCGGUGCAUCGGAAUCAUUUCACCGCAGAGUUCGUAGCCCUAAAGUGCAUGAACUGCGAUGAGGUGGGUCUGGUCAAGUGCCCCAACUGCUGAUUACAUAUGUAAAUUUAUAAGUUGGCAGUCAAACCAUAAAACCCUUUCCCCUCUCUUCACCCAAGCAGAUCAAGCAAUACUUGUAUCUCUAGCGUAAUGAAGUUUUUUUUUUAACUAUAUCAAAAUGAUUUUUUUGUGCGCAUUUUGUUUGUCGCUUAUUAUUAACAGUUGUGAUAUUUAAGAUCAGUUUGAGCAAAAACUGAGUAGCGGAAAGAACGAAACGAAACGGAACGGAGAGGAGCCCAAACGAAACAAAAUCGAUCCAUACAUACAUAUGUGAAUCAAAGAAAUAUCGAAUAAA